CAUCUAGAAUCUGCAGGAAAAAAAUGCAUCCUCCUUUAACAUUACACAGGCAUCCAAUGUGCGCAGAAAUCAUUGAAGAAUUUCGGAAGUGUCAUGCGGACCACCCUGUCAAAAAAUUCCUUGGCGAGUGCACAGAUCUUAAGAUAAAGCUUGAUCACUGUUUCCGGCAAGAGAAAGCUUUAAAGAGGAAGGCAAACUUUGAACAGAGUAAAAAGUUGAGGGAGAGACUACAAGCUUACAGGAAGGAGAAUGCUGAGAAAACCUCGUAACAGUAAUCUGGACGAAAGCUUUCUGCAUUGAAAUAAGAAUCACUGUAGAUGAUUGUAACAGAAAUUAUGGUCUGUAACCUUGUUCAAUAAAUAAUCUGGGAUUUUGACCAUUUCAUGCUGUAUUUUAAAAAUUUAAUACACUUAGACAAGAUAAAAUUAGAGAAAACAAUUUCUUUUGGCCAUCACGAGCAUGAGCACCUUGCGUUUGAUUUAUGGAAGUCGGCAGUGGAGCUAAUAUGUUUAAAUUGCAACGCACAUUUUACAUGUACAGUUUUUUAAUGAAAA